GCAUCUGCUGGCGUCUGAGCUGCGCGCAAUCUAUUGUGACACUGCUGCGAACCGCCCGGUUUCAUUCUAGAAGUCGAUGUUGUUACAUCGAACGCCAGAUCUUCGUAAUUGCAUUUAGCCUCUUACAGUCUUCUACCGGUGCGCCACGUUUCACCGCAUUCCUUCGAGGCUUAUCUCUUAUUAUAAUUUCUUCUUCUUCUUCUUCUUUAACGGAAUAGAAGAUAAAGAAGAUGCUGACCGAACCAUCCGUAUCGGUGCUUGGCUUGGACCCAACGCACCGGAACUGCGUGCUGAACGGCAACGCGUUUCAGCAGGACGUUAUACAAUCAUACAACGGCUGGCAGUACGCAAGCUUCUACAGCUCUCUGUCGGCAGACUCCGCUCAAGAGCCGCUGUAUAUCCAUCUCUCACGUAGGAAGCUUCCAGAGGGAAAGUGGGACACAUUCGUCUUUGAGGACUAUCCUCAGACCACAGAUGAUGGCCACAACACUAUACAGCUUGGUGUCUGCCCUGGAGACGGCACCAUUCAUCUUUCGUAUGACCACCACUGCGACAGAAUAAGAUAUCGAUACUCCCAGCCCGGCGUUGCCCACUCCCCGGAAUCCUUCCCGUGGUCCGCCUCUCUUUUCACGCCACACCUAUCGCAGCUCCCCGGCCUCGGGGAAGAACACGACGAGCUUCUCAGCUACGUCACAUACCCGCGCUUCGUACAGCUCGACCGCAAUCUGCUCUUCUCGUUCCGCACUGGCAAGGCCGGUCUAGGUGACGAUCACUUGGCUGUAUACGGGUUACAGGAAGACGGAACCCACAGGUACACGGUGCUGGGCACAAAUCUUAAGGGCGUAGAUAAUAACCCGUACAUACACGGCCUAGACGUACGAAACGGCCGGCUGCAUGCCACGUGGGUAUACCGGGGUUUCGUGUGGUACGAGGGCUGGGACGAUCCGUUAGACGCGAAGCACAAGCAGCAGCGGGGCCCGAACUCAGCUGAGAAUAAUCAUAAUAUCUGCUAUGCGUACUCUGACGAUGGGGGCUGGUCGUGGCGGAAUGGGACGGGAGAAAUGAUUGCGGAUUUGGCCAAGGGUGAAAGCGUACGGCCUGAUGCACCGGGAAUCGUAGCGUUUGAGAUCCCUAAGGGUUCGGGGCUCUCGAAUCAGGAGGCGCAAGCUGUUGAUCAUGAGGGAGGGGUGCAUGUGUUAAAUCGGGAUGCGGUAGAUGGCGAGCAAAAGUGGAAACAUUAUUACCGAUCACCGAAAGGCGUCUGGACGCAACGUGCCCUCCCCCACGUCCAAGGCGUAAAAGGGGGCAAAAGAGGACGGCUGGCCGUGAGCAAAGAUGACGACCUGUAUCUUAUCCUGCCGGACCACACAGCGCCAGUCUUGACAGCCUUAAAGGCGUCCAAGGCAUCUAACUACUCCGAAUACGAGCUCGUGUGGCGAGAGAACGGAUUCCCGCCGACGGAGCCCUUAGUUGAUACCACGCGGCUGGAUUAUGACAACGUACUAUCGGUGUUCACACGAGCUACCAAUAGCAAUGGCGCAGAUAUAAAGUCGAACUCGCGAGUUGACGUUGUUGUUCUUGAUUUCAAGCUAUAAUGAGGUCUAAGGUACAUCCGUUGGAUUGAUAUUGGUUCGAGUUCUAUAUUGAAAAGCCCAAGUCCAGUAUAUAGGAAAGAGAAACAAAUA